ACGAAGCGUACAGCCAACAUCGACAACAAAACCAUCACCACCACCUAUUACAACUGCCAACGAUACUAUCCACAUAAUAUUCUUCUCUCUCUCUCUCUCUCUCUCUCUCUCCUCUUUAUCCAAAUCCCAAUUCAAUCAUGUACAUGUAAAUUGCCAAUCCUCAUAAUUUACAUAAUCACAAAAAUUAUAUAUAUACCCACCUCCCACUUGUACAAUUUCAUGUUAUGCUCUUGCUCUUGCUCUUUCUGAUGCCACUUGUUCAUCGGCGGCGAUAUGAAUCGGCCAAUCGACACCGGAGCAGCAACAACAACAAUAACCCAUCUCUGUCCCCUCAGUUUUCACCAAUUUAGCAGAGCCACUCAGAUUCCUGGGUUGGGUUUUGGGUUUUCGUUUCAGAGAAAAGAGAGAUUCUUCGAAAGGCGUCAUCUCAGGUUCGUCGUCAGUGCGGAGCUCACGAAGCCUUUCUCUGUGAAUAUCGGUUUGGACUCGAAGCAGACCUUCAAGUCCCAUGAUCUAUCACAGUUGCCUUGGAUUGGUCCAGUUCCUGGGGAUAUCGCAGAAGUUGAGGCAUAUUGUCGAAUCUUUAGGGCUGCCGAACAACUACAUAAUGCAUUAAUGGACACAUUGUGCAAUCCAUUAACAGGAGAAUGUACUGUUUCCUACAAUUUCCCGUCAGAGGAUAAACCAUUAUUGGAAGAUAAAAUAGUGUCUGUUCUUGCUUGCAUGGGGUGUCUCCUGAACAAAGGAAAAGAAGAUGUUCUUUCUGGAAGAUCCUCCUUCAUGAAUUCAUUUCGUGUUGUAGACAUAAAUGUAAGUGACGAUAGGCUUCCACCACUUGCCGUUUUCAGGGGUGAGAUGAAAAGGUAUUGUGAGAGCUUACAUGUUGCUCUUGAAGACUAUUUGACACCCGAUGACAAUCGAAGCUUAAAUGUAUGGAAGAAACUGCAAAGACUGAAGAGUGUUUGUUAUGAUUCUGGUUUUCCCCGUGGGGAUGGUGAUCCCUGCCAUACACUGUUUGCAAACUGGAAUCCCGUUUAUCUAUCCACCUCAAAAGAAGAUAUAGAAACUAAUGAUUCUGAGGUUGCUUUUUGGAGGGGUAGCCAGGUGACAGAAGAAGGACUAAAAUGGCUGAUAGAGAAAGGAUUUAAAACCAUAGUUGAUCUCAGAGCAGAGACUAUAAAGGAUAACUUCUAUGAAAUGGCAUUGGAUGAUGCUAUCCUUUCUGGCAAAGUUGAACUGGUAAAACUUCCUGUUGAAGUUGGGACUGCGCCUUCAAUGGAGCAGGUUGAGAAGUUUGCAGCUUUAGUGUCAAAUUCAAGUAAAAAACCCAUAUAUCUUCAUAGUAGGGAAGGAGUUUGGAGGACUUCUGCUAUGGUUUCUAGAUGGAGGCAGUACAUGAUUCGAUAUGCAUCCAAUUACGCAACUACUCGACGUGACAUUCGAUCAGGAGAUGCAAAAAGAAUGGAGGAAUUGAAAACGUCUAACUUAGAAAUUGCAUGCUUUGGUGAUGAAAAUGGAUUGCUUGCCAAGAAGUUUGAUACGGUUCAUAAUUCCACUGCAAAUAUUCUCAAUCAUGUCUCUCUGGCUACAGAAAACCAAUGCAAUGGGGUCUAUGUUGGAGUUGUCUCUCAGAAAGACACCACAUCAAUACCAUCAGUUAACAAUGAUGAACUAGGAUCUUUAACUGAUUUCUGCAGUAAAGUCAAUCCUCUUAAGUCCCAGCUACCUCCUUGCAACGUUUUCUCCAGAAAAGAGAUGUCCAGGUUUUUCAGAAAUAAGAAGAUCUCACCUCCCACUUACUUAAAUUACCGACAGAGAAAACCAGAGACACUGUGUUGUCCCAGGGAGAAGUAUAAUGGGACACUUCAGAAGAGUGAAAUUAAUGGGAAAAGUCCCGAAUUGAGGUUCAUGGAUAUAGGAAGUACAAAUGGAUCAGUAAGCUAUAAGAAUUUAACUCUGAAGCCUCAGAGUCCUCCAGUUAGCAAUGGGACUUAUUUUGGUGAUAAUAAUUACCCUUCCUCUAUUCCCACUCUGAAUGGAUUUGGCAAAGAGGAAAGGUAUAGCAUAGAUGAUGCUACAAAUUUGAGCAAUGAGUUGGACAAGAAUGUUAUAUCUGUCACAGAGGACCAAAGGAGCAAUAGUAUGGCCUCCAUAAGUUCAGGUGAUGAUAGUUUGGGGCUGAUCGAAGGAAAUAUGUGUGCUUCUACGACUGGUGUGGUGCGAGUGCAAUCAAGAAAGAAAGCAGAGAUGUUCUUAGUUCGCACGGAUGGUUUCUCUUGUUCCAGAGAAAAGGUGACAGAAUCUUCCUUGGCCUUCAGUCAUCCUAGCACCCAACAGCAGAUGCUUAUGUGGAAAUCUACGCCAAAGACUGUACUAUUGUUAAAGAAACUAGGCCAAGAACUCAUGGAAGAAGCUAAAGAGGUUGCCUCUUACUUGUAUCACCAAGAGAAAAUGAAUGUUCUUGUUGAACCCGAUGUACAUGACAUAUUUGCAAGAAUCCCAGGGUUUGGGUUCGUUCAGACCUUCUAUAGUCAAGAUAUGAGUAAUCUUCAUGAGAGGGUUGACUUUGUGGCAUGCUUAGGAGGGGAUGGGGUUAUACUGCAUGCCUCAAACAUAUUUAGAGGUGCUGUUCCCCCCGUUGUAUCAUUUAAUCUUGGAUCCCUUGGAUUUCUCACUUCACACAAUUUUGAAGACUAUAUGCACGAUUUGAGACAAGUUAUCCAUGGGAACAACACAAUGGAUGGUGUUUAUAUAACUCUCCGAAUGCGUCUUCGCUGUGAAAUGUUUCGAAAUGGAAAAGCAAUGCCUGGGAAAGUAUUUGAUGUCCUCAAUGAGGUUGUGGUUGAUCGUGGUUCUAAUCCAUACCUUUCUAAAAUUGAAUGUUAUGAACAUGACCGGCUUAUAACCAAGGUGCAAGGUGAUGGAGUCAUAGUUGCUACCCCUACUGGAAGUACAGCUUACUCAACUGCUGCAGGAGGUUCCAUGGUGCAUCCAAAUGUUCCCUGCAUGCUGUUUACACCAAUCUGCCCACACUCCCUCUCAUUCAGACCUGUUAUACUUCCAGAUUCUGCCCGGCUUGAAUUAAAGAUUCCGGAGGACACGAGAAGCAAUGCAUGGGUCUCUUUUGAUGGGAAGAGAAGGCAACAACUUUCAAGAGGUGAUUCCAUCCAGAUAUCAAUGAGCCGGCAUCCACUUCCAACAGUGAACAAGUCUGAUCAAACAGGUGACUGGUUUCACAGCUUAAUUCGCUGCCUUAAUUGGAAUGAAAGACUGGAUCAGAAGGCCCUUUGAAGCCUCUAAAGCCCAUCCAAUGUGGUCUGAGGUUUGUAUAAAUUACUGUACAGAUUAUAAGUUUAAAGAAACAGUUUUUUUUUUUUUUUGGGUCUUUGGUUUUCCAUAUGUCAGAUGUAAUUAUGUACUGUCAUUUGAAUGAGAGUAAAUAUCUAAUCUUACACAGCUCAUGGGUCUAUUUUUUGA